AUGACGACAUUGCCGCACACAUCAGUCGCAUCGUCGAGCGCGACUGUUCCUAGACCAUUCUCAGCUGUUGCGACGAACUCGCCGACGUCGAACAUAUCAACCCCAGCUGCCAGUGCACGCUCUGAGCCGCAAAGUUGGAUCAUUGCAUUGAUUGUUCUUGCAGUGGCUGCGCUCCUCGCAUCUAUUGGCGCUUGCAUCUACGUGUACCUCAGCAGAUGGCGGACGCCCAAACGUGCCAGUCUCUCACAGGACGUGAUCGAGAGAUACAGAGAUGAUGGCGCGACAAAUUCAAGUCUAGCGAUGCUGCCUGGCACUCCUCGCUCGCCAAUCUUCUCGACCCUUGACUCGCCAUCAGUGUAUACUACCUCCUCCGCGCUAGGAUCCUGGACGAACCUCCCGUUGCUUACACCAACGCUGACGCCCGGUUUCGAUGCACACUCUCAACAAGCGUCUGUGCACGACGCGGCAUACUACCAGUCAUCUGUGUGCAUAGUGCCCCCCUCCGACGACCAAAGCCUUCGCGUGUCACGCAGUACCUCACUUGGCACGACUGUAUCGUCUGAAAGUCACACGAGCGCAUCGAAACCAACGACGGCAAAAACAUUCGUCACCGGCGCUACGGCUGGAUCGCGUCCCCCGCCUGUCCCACCUCUAUCUGAGAUACCAUUACCACCCGUGCCCGUGUUGCCUAACGUGUCCCGUCCGCAAUCUGCACCUGGCCACGCCCGCGCCAAUACACAAACAUCCUCCAAGACGUUUGAUACAGCCGCUACCACUGGUUCCGUCGGCAUAGUACGGACACCGAGCGUAUCAACUUUGGCAGGUCCGCGUCCCGAAUUGGAACACAGGGCUCCGCUGCCAACACCUGUGGUCCAGGGGCACGCCCGUGCGGAUACGCAAACCUCUUCCCAUACGUUUGCCACAGCCGCUACUCAAGGCUCUCACCCGGCGACACCCUCGCGUCGCCAGUCAAUGCCCUCAGGGCUUGUACCCCAUGACCCUUUUGCAAGCACUCGACCAGCGCCUCUAGCCGUUGCCGGGUUUCCUCACUGGCCUCCAACGCCGUCCGUGUACAAUUGGCCGUCGCCUCCACAAUCUCCGCCUCCACCUCCACCACCUCCAGUACCUCCCAUACCGCAGCGUUCUCGUGAGCUUGCAAGGGUGUCUGGGAAAAGCACCGCAUCCACGGCUCGUUCGCCUCCGUCCUACCGCACCGUUGCUGGCGGUCCCUGA